CCUUGUUUGCUGGAAUGAGGUCUGAAGUUUCUAAAACUGAUGGCAGGAAGGGGCUGUGACGGAAAGGCCAAAUCUGAUAGGUUACUUGGUGCAGAGGUGUCGGGUUCCCUUCUACCCUAAAUAGUGCAGCACUGGUCCAUGCUUGUAAGAACUAGAUUCCAGACAAAAGCUGUUUUCCUUCAUGAUCAGUCUUAGCUCUGUUUUCUGCACAUGGACCAUAAUUUCACAAUGUGAGACGCGGACCAGAAAAAAUUAUGGGACCUUCAUGAGCUGUGGUAGGGAAACACAACUGAAUACACUGAAAGGCAUUGAAGAAUUUUUGGACACUAAACAAUACUACACUGUGGUCACCUUCUGAAGAGAAAGGCAAGAAACCAAAGAUCACAUGUUCUGUUUCAUCAUUAACAUAGAAAGUACUUUUGGACAAGUUUGAUCCAUAAGAAGACUGUAUAUAUAUUGUUCUGAAUUUCCAACAAAGCAUCUAGAAAAAAGGAGUUGCUGAAUGUUUAUACCUGUCUAAAGGAGAAAGGACUAAAAAGAGGGACCAGACUGGUUGCCAAACUGCCAAGAUUAGUGCUGACACAAGAGUGAUUUCAUUCUCUGAAGAACCAAAAGAACAGAAGAAUUCCUGAACCGGUGCAAAGAUGUUACGUCUAGAAAGAUACAGAAGCAAUAUAGCAAGAUUUUGCUUUCACUAUCAGCAAGCAAGAUAUGAGCAUCAUAAAACUGUACUGGCGAUCAGAAGGGAAGAUGUCAGUGUCUGGGAAAGGAGAGCUCCCCUAGCCCCAAGGCAUGUCCGAGAGCUAACAAGUGAAGGCGUUAAAGUCUUGGUGCAGCCAUCAAACAGGAGGGCGAUCCAUGAUAAGGAUUAUGUUAAAGCCGGUGCAAUUAUUCAAGAAGAUAUUUCUGAAUCAUCUCUUAUUGUUGGAGUGAAGAGACCUCCAGAUGCAAAACUCAUUCCAAAAAAAACAUAUGCAUUCUUCUCUCACACAAUUAAAGCUCAGGAGGCAAACAUGGGCCUUUUGGACGAGAUUCUUGAAAAGGAAAUCCGACUUAUAGAUUAUGAGAAGAUGGUUGAUCAGAAAGGCCUGCGAGUUGUAGCUUUUGGACAGUGGGCAGGUGUGGCAGGGAUGAUCAACAUAUUACACGGACUGGGUCUACGCUUCCUUGCCCUGGGGCAUCAUACACCAUUUAUGCAUAUCGGCAUGGCUCACAACUACAGGAACAGCAGUCAGGCUAUUCAAGCAGUGCGAGAUGCUGGUUAUGAAAUUGCACUGGGUUUGAUGCCAAAAUCAAUUGGACCUCUGACAUUUGUGUUUACUGGCACUGGAAAUGUUUCUAAGGGCGCCCAAGAAGUUAUUAAUGAACUACCUUGUGAAUUUGUGGAGCCUCAUGAACUGAAGGAAGCUUCAGAAACAGGAGAUCCAAGGAAAGUGUAUGGGACUGUCCUAAGUCGGCAUCAUCACCUUGUCAAGAAGAACAAGGGCUUGUAUGAUCCCCAAGAGUAUGAUUUAUAUCCAGAACUCUACACGUCACGUUUCAAUACUGAUAUUGCACCUUACACUACUUGUUUAAUUAACGGAAUUUACUGGGACCCACAAACACCACGCCUUUUGAAUCGACAGGAUGCCCAGAGACUGUUGGCACCUGUUAAGUCUCCUGAGAAUGAAAAGGUCACAGAAGGUUGUCCUGUGCUGCCCCACAAAUUUUUAGCUAUAUGUGACAUCUCUGCUGAUACAGGUGGUUCGAUCGAAUUCAUGACUGAAUGCACUACAAUUGACAUGCCAUUUUGCAUGUACGAUGCCGAUCAGCACUUCACGCAUGAUAGUGUGGAAGGCAGUGGGAUUUUGAUAUGUUCAAUUGACAACUUGCCAGCUCAGCUUCCCAUUGAAGCAACAGAAUAUUUUGGGGACAGACUUUUUCCUUACAUUUGGGAGAUGCUGCUGUCAGAUGCAUCUGUUCUUUUUGAAAAGCAAGAAGGGUUUUCUCCAGUUGUACGAGAUGCAGUGAUUGCUUCUAAUGGUGCUCUGACCAAAAAGUAUGAAUACAUACAGAAAUUGAGAGAGGUCAGAGAGCGUACUCAAUUUGCAUCAGUGGACACAAAAAAAAAAGUUUUGAUCCUUGGAUCUGGUUAUGUAUCUGGCCCUGUCAUUGAUUACCUAACUAGAGAUUCCAGUACUGAAGUCACACUUGCAUCUUCUCAACAGAAACAAACUGAGCAACUUGCAAAACAGUAUCAGAACUGUGUCCCUGUUACAUUGGAUGUUGACCAACAGCCAGAAACUCUUUCCAAUCUGGUGAAAAAACAUGAUAUAGUAAUAAGUUUGCUGCCAUACACAUAUCAUCCUGUGAUAGCAAAGCAAUGCAUUGCUAACAAAGUGCAUCUUGUGACAGCAAGCUAUCUGACACCAUCUGUGCAGGAACUUCACAAAAGUGCUGAAGAUGCUGGUAUAACAGUGGUGAAUGAGGUCGGCUUGGAUCCUGGCAUUGACCACAUAUUGGCAAUGGAAUGCUUUGAUAAAGCAAAAGAACAAGGAAGCACAGUGGAGUCCUAUAUUUCAUUCUGCGGAGGUCUUCCAUCACCUGAGUGCUCUGAUAAUCCAUUGAGGUACAAAUUCAGUUGGUAUCCACAGGGAGUUUUGUUGAACACAAUAAAACCUGCAACAUAUUUGAAAGAUGGAAAGAUGAUUAAUAUUCCUGCCGGCGGAGCACUGCUUGAUUCUACCAUUCCAAUUGAUUUUCUUCCAGGAUUUAAUCUAGAAGGUUUCCCUAACAGAGACAGUUGCAGAUAUAUUGACCUAUAUCAUCUCCACUCAGCUCAUACUCUUCUAAGAGGUACACUUAGAUACAAGGGGUUUUCGAAUGUCAUGACAGGAUUAGUUAAACUGGGACUUAUAAAUACAGACUCCUGCAUACUUCUGAGUUCUGAUGCACCCCAGAUAACUUGGAAAGAGCUGAUAUGCAAUCUGCUUGGAAUUCCAACAUCAACAAGCUUGGAUCUUGUUAAAGAGGCUGCCAGCAGCAAGAUGGGAGGAGAUAAGAGCAGAGUUGAAGCACUGAACUGGCUGGGACUGCUAAGUGAUGAACUGGUACCAAAAGCAGAUUCAGUUAUGGAUGCAUUGUCAAAGCUGAUGCAGGACAAGCUCUGUUAUGGUGCUGGUGAAAGAGAUAUGAUAAUUUUGAGGAAUGACAUUGGUGUUAGACAUCAGUCUGGAAAGUUGGAAAUGAAUCACGUCAGUUUGGUGGUGUAUGGUGAAACCAAUGGUUAUUCUGCAAUGGCUAAAACAGUAGGCUUCCCUACUGCUAUAGCUGCCAAGAUGGUAUUAGAUGGUGAAAUUACAACAAAAGGAAUGGUAGUGCCAUUCUCGAAGGAUAUCUACGGACCAAUGUCGGAUCGCAUCAAAGCAGAAGGCAUUCUGUAUACUGCAGAAACCAGUUUUGUGUGAACUCUUCUAGAAUGUGGUGUGGUCUGCUUUGUUCACGUCCUCACGAUGCAGAAACAUAUAUCAUAUUGACUGAUAAUCUACACAAGCAGAUUUUUAUAUGAGGUGGACUUGUUUUACUACAGACUGUAUAAAUAUAUCCAAAUGUUAGAGCUGGCACAGUGUUUUUCAUUUUGUUUGCCAAAAAUUAAAAUUAACAAAUGGCUAACAUGGCAAGAAUUUUGACUAUCUAGGAUUUUACCUGUCCUAAGGUAUACAAAUUACCUCAGCAGAAAUAUUACUACUUCAGAUAGCACAUAUUUGAACUGAUUUGGAAAUGCAGUAAAUUGUUCUUGACCAGUUUAAAUUUGCCUGAUAUUCUGCCUGCCAGUUUUGUAUGGUCUUAUGACUUCCUGGUCAUCUUCGAAGGUAUAAAAUAACAUGAGGUCUUGAUGUUUUAAAAAAACAAA